ACGGCCGAUUCAGAGGGGUUCCGAGUUCCUUACUUCCGGGUGAUGCAGAAUGGCAGAUGCCGCUAAAUAUCAGAAAUUAGCGUCGGAAUAUGCCAAGUUAAAAGCUCAGAUACCGGUAUUGAAGAAGGCUUACCUGGAUGAGCAGGGCACUAGUAAUGAUUAUAAGGAACAAAUCAAAGCUAAGGAUCAGGCGCUGCGGAAAUGUGAACAGGAAAUCGACAGUUUAUCAUUCAGAAACCAACAACUGUCCAAGCGUGUACUUUUCCUCCAGGAAGAACUUGAUACUAUAGAGGCAUCAAAGAAAAAGAAGAUAUUUGGGAGAUCAAAGAAUAGAAAUGCUGAAACAACAGCAGCAACACCUGUGCCUACUUCGCCGGGGGUCUACAGUGAGGAACUCUUCAGUAAGAUUCAGGAGAACGAGAGGUUACAUAAACAGGUAGACGACAGUAAUCGUAAAUAUCAGUCGCGGAUACAGGAGUUAGAGACAAAACUGGAGUUUUUUGAGAAGGAAUGUAACCAGCAUCAACAGGUACUCCAGUCUACACUACAGAAGAGUAAGGACCAGAUAGAUAGACUGCAGCAGGAAAAAGCCAUGGUCGAGGUUAAACUGCAGAAACUAGAGUCUGAUGUGAAAAGUUACCGAUCGAGAGCUGAAUUGUCUGAGGAAAAACUCGACAUUGUCCAGUCACGCCUUCAAGAUGACCUACAACAGGCUCGAAAAAUUAUUGCUGACAAACUACCAUUCAUAGAUACAAGGCACAGAGAUUUAAAUUGUUUGAACCUGCCUACACACGAUAGAAAACACCAGCUACGAGCACGAGAACUUGUGAACCAAUCAGUGAACCACCUGUCAGAACUUGUUCAGGCUCUGUCGAACUUCUACACCUACUCUGAACAGAGGUCCAAGAUAUACCCCAAUGAUGGCACCAAUGAGCCUCUCAGUCCCGUCAACCUAAUGUAUUGUAGAUAUCUGCAUGAGAAUGUGAGCUACCUGCGUCCCUGUGAACAAGCUCUGCGGUCAUUCCUGGCUACCCUGAAUGAGGAUUCCUUAACAACACUAGAAACUGCAACAGAUUUAUUGACAUUUUCGAGGAAUUUUAGAUAUCUCGUUGCAUACAUGAACAAACUUUUGCCGUACCAGCUGGCUAGUAUAGAGGAAGAAUGCGCUUUGUCUUCCUGUACCUCAACAUUGGAGGGUAAAAACAUGGACCUUCAUCGAUCUCUCAAGCAUCUCACUUCAGUGUUCAACAAAUUAGAUACCUACAUCGCUCUACUAGCUACUCAAAGUCAGAAUCACUGCCAGUAUCCACACCAAAACCAUUUCUCAUUCUUUGUGUCCUUGUCAAAGGUGCUACAGGAUUUAGACACUUCAGUCAGAGAUGUAUCAAAACAUUACAAUUCCAAAGUGUCUCUAGAACACCAGUUACCCACGGCAACACAAAAACUUAAGACAACAGAUGAAUGUAUUGUAUCAUCGCUCAUUUCCAUGGUAACCUGUACAGGGAAGAUUUCGGCAUUCUUUUCGGUGAAUGUUGACUUCUUCAAGGAAAACCCUGGUUACAGAACUCGUGGCAGUAGUAUAGGGACCGACACUGCUGUGGACGGACCUCGAUCUGGCCCGGCGACAGUCUGCUUCAGACAGAAGGCAUCCACUUACCUGUCACAACUGUCCGGGCCGUGCCCGGAGACUGUUCCUCAUAGAGUGGCAGUGCAGAACAGAAAAGUGUUACUCAGCUCGACAGAGAGUCGAGAGGGGUUAUCGAAACAACUGACGACUGCCCAGACCCGAGUCAAUAAGCUGGAACAGGAGAAGGAACACUGGAUGUUGGAACUCCAACUUUUACAGAUAAAACAUGACAAGGAAACCGAGAAAGUGCAGAAGCUAGAGAAAGAGCUAGCGAGUAGGCUUGCCUCUGGGGCUAUGAAGGACUCUAUAGAGGAUAACAUUAGCAAAGAGCCAAGUUCUCGGACCUCGUCGUUAGACGCUGUCAUACCUCAGAAUCCUGAAGCCAAGGCUGCUAUGUUUGGGAAAUUGGACAUGGUGUCAGCUGGUUCCAGUGAUGCAGAAACAAGGGAAGUCCUAAUUAAGAACCAUUUCACCAACAGAAUCAAUGAUCAGGCGCUACAACUGCAGCUUGUGGAGAGCAAAGCUGUCAACUUUCACUCAGAGGUGCGUGCGUUACACAAACAAUUACAGAUCGCGGACAAAUCCAAAACCCGGUGUGAAGAGGAGCUAAAAGAUUCCUCACAACAUCUCGCUCAACUGAGGGAUGAGUUGCAGACAACAACAAAAAGUUAUGAGGGCCAGCUUAGUAUGAUGAGCGAGCACUUAGCCAGCAUGAACGAAAAACUGGCUCAGCAAAAAGAUGAAAUCGAUGACUUAAAGUCACAGAAAGUACAACAACCUAAGGAGAAGAAGAAAUUCAGAAAAUGAUGAAAACUUUAUUACUCUGCAGGAGGCUGCCAUAAUAGAAUUCAAAAAUGACAAAGGUUUCUGUGGAGGCUGACUUUCUGUGAUCAAAAAGCCAGAAAAUGUUUUCUCCGUUGUGUUCAACAUAUUAAAAAAAAAAAUGAAAACUAGUCCAUUCUCCACUUUAUUGAUAUAAGAAUCACAUUUUUUUAUUUUAAGUAUACCAGUAGCAUUAACUGCAAACACAUGGAAUGUACAUGCCAUUGUGGUCCGUAAUGUUAAUUAGUUUGUGAAGUUUCAAGGGUGGUAGGUAUACGAGGUUUGUAGUAAGGGAACAAUCGCCUAUUGUUUAAGUUGUACAAUUACAUUGAUUUUAAUGACUAUUGUGUUGUAUGGAUUACAAACGAGUUGGAAAACAAUUGUCGGAGUAUUUUGUUUUUAUCUUCUAGCUGUAACAUUUAUUUCCUAAAUGGGCAUUUGGAUAUCAUUUAAAAAAAAAUGCAUAAUGGUGCUUUGAAUACAUUAUUACGUGAAUACCUGAGUUAUAGCACUAAUUUUAUAAACAUUAUCAGAUUUGAAUAUUUCCUGAGGUUCCAGACAAGAAAUUUGGAUCCACGACUCCUUAAAUGAAUGGAUGGCUUUAUGUCACAAAAUGUAAAAGAUUUUACGAACAAUUGCAAAAAUGUUGUUGGGUAACUGUGAAUAUAAACACAGUGUUAGUAUUAAACUGUAUGGAAGCAUGUAUUUGGAUUUGUUAAUUCGUUACUCAGACAGAUGUUGCUAUACAAAUGUACCUUUGUCUGAGGUGAUUACCUGGGUAUUGUCAAUUAAGCAUUUGGUAUAUAUUUUGGUUUCAUUUGAAUAUACCAGUGUUUUGCAUGGAAUUUCAAUCGAGUUCUAUUAGUAACAAAGAUAGUAAUUUUCAAAAGUUGACUAGUCCUACAUAAAAAAAAACUUGAGUAUAUGGCUCAAUAUCAAUCUGUGUCGGCAUAAUUGAAAUAUAAAAAAAAAGUUGAUUUCUGUCUGUUUUAGAAAUAGUUGAUGUAAAUCUGUUAAGAAUGCAGUGUAUAUGUUGGUAUGUUAGUCCGAGAUUCCUCUGGCCCUGACACCAGGCUUGGACAUUCUGACCACUACAUAUUUGGUAGGCCCAGAGGAAACUCCUGCAAUUCGUAUGUGCAUUAGACCACCAUUAAAUAUGCUUGCAAAAACUUCUGGUUGCCAAAGCAAACUUUUUCGCUGGGCAUAAGUCUCAGGGUAGAGCAACCGAAAGCCAAUUCUCUUUAUAAAUCUGUCUGUACCUCUGGUCAGUUUAAUUUAACAGGGGGUGUGGAUGGAUGGUUUUGUUACGGCACGAACACCACCUGGUCGUGUGGAGAAACUCUUUUAUUUAUGAAAGUUUUACCUUGAAAUGGUAUCUGUGAUAUGUAUCGUAUAUACCAAUAAAAUACAUUUAAAGCUG